CCUAUUUUCCUGCGCCGAACUUGUGGCCGCCGCCAUUUCAUUUUUUGGCUGCCAUUUCUUGAAAAGCAACUUUCCGUGCAAGCGUGUUUCAAGCGGCCGUGUGGUGUGUAACUGAAUAGUGAGGCUAACAGAUUUUUCUUCCAACCCCAACCCUUAACCAUGCCAGACUGGCGCGAACGUGACGAUUCGGACCGCGGCUAUGGCGGUGGCGGUGGUGAUAGCUAUGGCAGCUACGACCGCGAGCGUCGCGAUUACCGCAGUGACCGCGGUGGAUACGACCGAAAUGGUGGCGGCGGAGGAUACCGUUCGGGCGGUGGCAGCAGCGGGUACGGUGGACGACGUGACGAUGACGGUGGCUAUCGCGGAGGCGGUGGCGGUUACCGUGGCAGCGGCGGUGCUGGCGGCGCAGGUGGUGGCAGCCGCGGCCCGCCCAGGAUUGACCCGGCUACGGCCAAGACCGAGGUGUUCGAGGUCGAGGCGGACAAGGUGAAGUUUAUUAUUGGCCGCGGCGGUAACAAGAUCCGCGAAAUCCAGGACCGUUGCCGUGUGUCGGUGCAGAUUGACAAGGCUCGCAACGAGAAUGGCGCCAAUAAUGUAUCGGUGAUGGGCGAUCAGCUUAACAUUGAUCGUGCUCGUGACAUGAUCAACACGAUCAUCAACGAUGACCGGCGGGACCGUGAGGACGAUCGGCGUCGUGACGGUGGUGGCUACUAAGCGCGGCGGGACCCAUCUCCUGGUUCUUGUCCGGCACACCCACCCCACCCUCCCCCCAGUAAUAAUAACAGCAAAAAACCAGCGCGAGGAGAGAAGCUAUCUACAGUCGACGCGCACCGCAUCAGUUCUCCAGCCGCAGUAGCAGCAACGCAGGCCCCCCUCUCCGCAGGUGCACUAGUUCAGCAAAUGCAAGGAGUUAGAGGCAACAGAAAAGAGAAUAUUCAAACAAACCUGAAACAAAAGAAAAACAAACGAAAGGAGUAGAGUCAAGCAUUAUAAAGAAAAACCAGGAAUUAUAACGGAUCCACUGCGGCGGUUGCAAGUUGAACUCGCAGGACAGAGUGUUAGCAACGUUCUAUUGCAUUUUAUUCGUCCGCUAUUUAUACCCAUGGAACAAGGAGCAAUGUUAUGUGCUGCUUUUAUCGCUAACUUACGAGUUGAGAAUGCAAGAGAGAAGGGAGUUCACAAGAGGGAAAGAGAGCGGGGACAGAUGUGUAGAGUAUAGAAACACAAAGUAGGGGACGCAUCCCGUAUCAAUCAUUGCUAGAAGAGUUGGUUGUACAGUUGAUAAUCGCCACAUGUUCAUUUGUCACUUAAGACACGCUCUCCGACGACGCGCUCGAAUCGUAUCCUUUUAUCGUGUACAUUUUACGAGACUGAUUCUAUUCGUUCUCUUUGUUUCGUUUUCUUAUGUUAAUUGUACCAAAAGAACGAAUCAUUCAAACCCCUAACUGAGAACGGCCGACAACGAGAGAAAUAAAUGUAGAGAGAGAGAGAGAGAGAGAGAGAGAGAGAGAGAGAGAACAUAGGAAGAAGCAGAAAGUAUCCAAGGCUCCUAUGUUCAACGUUUAUAGGCUAGAAGAAAAAAAACGCAAACCGAUGCAAGGAACAGGGAAGAAGAACUACUCACAGUAACUACUAACUCACGAGAAUAGAAUCGAAGUGUAUUAGGACCAAACCGUACGAAGCAUUAUUACUUACUGCAAAAAGGUAAAUAAUAAAGUAGGAUUCAAUCGUGACACAAUUCAAAAGAACCGACCCAUGUGUAUUUACAAGCAGACGGCAAACCAUACAAACGAAAUCAGAACGAUGCACGUGCCAUCAACAUUUCCAUCUUCGUUCGUGCUCGUUCACAUGCGCGCGGGCUUUUCCUGUUUGCUUUUCAGGACAUUUCUACGAAACAGUCCACUGCGUCGUAUGAACCAUCAAAUGCACACGGUUCAAGAGUAGUAGAAGAAUAGUAGUUGCUUGCUACACACUGCUCCAAAACGAUGGACCAGACUUUGGACACACAAAACACACAGGCACAACACGCACACACAUCGGUACUAUUUCAUACAAGACCUACUAGAUUUUAAUGGAUUUUGUUUUGAUUAUGACUAUCACGAAAGAAUGUAGAGAAGGGGCUCCCCUCCUCCGACGGGUCAAGACGUGUAUUGACGGAUUCACUAGUCGUCCGAUCUGAAGUGAGCGAUAUGAGAUGAUGCGUGCGUUAAGUUGGGAUUAGGGAAGCAUCAACCGCUUGUCUCUUUCCUGAUAUUAAGACUAUGUCAAGCGGUACAGAAAUGAGGCGAUGAUCGUGGGACAUGUGGUGUAUAUGGUGUAGUCAAAAUGCCAACAGAUGAUGACGAAGAUAGAACACUAGAGAGCUUUUAAAAUGAGGCAUAACUGGUCAACAAACAUUUUAGAAUGUGUGGUACAAAAUCCUAUCUCAAUUUUUUUUUCCUCAGCACAGAGGGAGCGCCAGAGAUUUGUCGAAGCUAAACGUGAACCGUAGCGACAGUGAAAUGUAUUAGACAUUGCAAGAGGGUAACACUAAAUGCACUACUAGGUCGACGAAACGCAGAUGCGGAAGAAACGGAUGGUGAUGUAUUAAUGCGUCACCUGUGCGCUUACUCUUCCCAGGCAAAAACGAAGUAAUAUAAACUCGAUGGUGAAAACGA